UGAUUGCUUGCUACAUCAAUCUGGCUAUAACAGAGAGCCAUUUCCUAGUUGCUGCUCUGCCCUGCUCCUCUUUGUGUGGAAAGAGUACCAGCCAAUUGAGGCAGAUAUUUUCCUCCCGUUGUCCAGUGCUUUCAGGCAUUUUUUAAACAAAAGGCAAUACCCAAGCUGUUGGUAGAAGUUUUUGAAAAUCAUUUUACAGGCCAAUGAAGGCUUCAGCCUGAGUGGUUUGGGCUAUUUGGUUAUCCUCUGGGGACCAGAAGGCAAGCUCCUCGCCCUGGAUGCAACAUCAGGACUGAGCGCCUGCGAUGGUAGAUGAUGGUAAGGGAAUGGUGGUGGUCACAGAAUUAUCUUGAGGAGGUGGAGAUAGCAAAGGAGGGUGGGUGGAUGGUUGUUUAGUGGGCAUCUGUAGCACUGCAUUUGAGUGGUUUCUCUGGUCGCACGGUGGGCGGAAAUCUUUUUCAGUCGUCUCUUUCAGAUUUCUGGAUGUUUUCUAAUGGUUAGGAGAUGUAAAUUUGUUGAUUCUCUUCAAAAAUACAGACAGAAACUUGAUCCAGAUUCAAAGAGUUAUCCCGGAGGCCAUGCACGGCAGCCCAGAGAACAUCCCUCUGGGAGAGUGCACCCUCUCCCAGUCCAGGGACCAGCUGACGCCCCCGAGCCGCACAGAGAGCACUGUGUUCAGCCUGUCCCGCAGCGAGUCCCUCUGGACCGCAGAGACCCCUCGCAGCAAGUGUGAAGAAUUCUGGUUUGCCAUCCACCUCAUGUCCACCGGGGGCAGCUUCCUGGCAUGCGGCAUCAUCAUCAGCGGCCUGUAUUUCGCGGGCCACUGCAAGAAGUGGACCAACAUCCUGGGACCGGCCCUGGUGUCAAUUGGGCUGAUGGUUUUUGUGGUGGGCUUGGUCCUGGUCCCCAUCACCAAGGAGAACAGGCAGCAGUCGAAUAAGAAGAAGCCUCUCAGCAACUACAGGCCUCCAAUGUUCAACCUGUGAUCACAAAAUCUCAUUGUAUGGAAAUCCUUAACCAUGAGACACUUUCAACUUUUCAAAGUACAUUGGAUUGAAAUUAACCUUUUCCGCUUGGGAGUGAAUUAUUUAAAAGACUCGGCGUGGUGACUUUUAUUUGUGUUUUCUAGGAUUUUCAACACUAAGCGCUUAUCUCAGUGUCAAGUGUGCAUGACAUUGCAUUUAUGGCCAUGGCUGUGGAAAAAAGGUUAACGCACAAGGACAACUAUGUGAUGUAUAAAUUGCAAUUAUCCACGCACAAUUUAGCAAGAAGGAUCCAGCAAACUGUCCUUAUGAAUGUUCAUGAGGGUGAAGUAGACCAGGGGGACUUCCUAAUGCUGUGUGGUACAGUAUAUGCCAAUUCAUGAAUAAUUAAAGGUUGUGAGAGCUUGUAAU